AUGACCACAGGCUCAAGCGAUACGGCUGCACCCAGCUCUGCUACUGCCGACCCUCAGGGUCCUUUCUUCGAUGAAGCACAGAAGCUGCUUGGAAGCCGGGACAAAGCAUGCUAUGACGUUGCAUCCUGGAACAAAGUGUGCUAUGAAGUUGCAUUCUGGAUGCUACAGAAAGAGACAGAGAACAACCACGUCGUGAGAAAAAUGUGCGAAACCGUAGAGAAAAGCAAGCAGGCAAAAGAGAAAGUUGAGACAGAGCUGCGCGAACAACUGAAAGCGAGUCUCUCAGAACAGAACUCGCUCAAACAUCAAUUGUCGUUUCUGACUCAAAGAAAUCUUUUAGAAAAGCUGUUCAAGACAGUACGUGAUAUCGAUUUCAAAGACAAGGAACUCUCAAAACUGUCCACAAAAGUGUUCAUUGAGGCUCGUCGUUCCAUGACAGGUAUCAAUCGUAUUCUUGCAAAAGACAAAGAAAUUCGCCGUGAGAUUUGGCGACUCAUGGAUAUUGAUCAAAAUCUAGAGUUGCCGGAAUCAACUGUUCGUACCUGUAACAAGAACAUGAAACCAGAAUACAAAUUUCUGUCUGAACAAAUUCACAAUUCUGAGGAGAAAUGCGUGUACGUAGAGCGAGGAUCAGACCCAUCGAAGAUACGAUUUUACAUGGAGAUUUGCAAGAAGUUUGGCAAAACACUUGAUAUCUACGACUGGCCAGCAAGCAGGGCUCAAGGUGGUAUGAGGUAA